AUGGCACUGUACCUUUUUGGCCCAGAGCAGCCACCCGCACAGAGCGUCCCCCCACCGUCUGAUGCUCAGCCCCCCCCACAGGCGCGUUCAACGUACGAGGGCACGAGAGCAUACGUUUUUGAAGCUGGCCGCCAAGGACGACGAGAGGCCAGAAACGCCCGCCACGGACCUCCAGCUGGUGGGUUUAGCAGCCCCAAUCAGCCGCAAAGUGGCAUGGGCGUCCCGGAUGCCGGCACAGCCCGGUUCAACCGCGCUGGUGGCGGAAUGGCGGGGAGGGGUGGCAUCAAUGCUCCCAACGCUCACGUCUUUGGGCGGACCUUCAGAGGAGGGGCCGGCAGCACGGGGGUGCAAGGUGGCUUAGAGAGUGAUUCGUCAGGGGAUGAUGCUCCCGGUGGUACAUGGGGUGGAGCACGUACGCGCGGCACGCCUGGCACGGGCGCUUUUCAGUUUGGGGGGGGUGGUUUGGGUGUCGGAAGUGGGACAGGGUUCGGGAUGUUUGGGCCUAAUGGCAGCAGAGGCUUUGGCAAUGGCCGGAGUGAAGGGGGCUCAAGCGGACAACACCACGGGGAGAACAAGCUGGGAGGCACUGGCAACGACGGUUUGUCUCCCGGCGGCGUUGGGUUGGGAACGCAGGAGAGUACGGCUGGAGUCGACGGGGUGGGCAUGGGGAUGGGAGCCGGAGUCGCAUUAGGGGGGUUCGGCUUGGGAUCAGGGUCAGGAGGUGCCAGCUUGGGGCGGGGGUCUCUUGCUGGAUUCGCUGGGGUUGGUAAUGGGACGCGAAUGGAGGGCGCAAGCACCGGACUGGGGGCUGAUGAAAUGUUUGGAGGGUUAGGGGCGGGACAUGAGUAUGGAGUGGGAGGGGGACGGGGUGGAACAGGGAUGAGACGUGCGGGCCAUGGGACGGGAUCUGGAGGAGUUAUGGGAGGUGUUGGCAUGGGUGUGGGGACUGCAGAAGGCAUGGGCGGCUUUGGCCAGGGUAUGGGAUCUGGAGGCGCAUUCGGAGGACUGGGCAUGUGUGUGGGUACGGCAGCCAGGUUUUCAGGUGUUGGCCGCGGGGUGGGAUCUGGAGCAGGAGUGGGAGGGGUGGGCAUGGGGGCGGGGACUGCAGAAGGCAUGGGCGGCUUUGGCCAGGGUAUGGGAUCUGGAGGCGCAUUCGGAGGACUCGGCAUGGGUGUGGGUACGGCAGCCAGGUUUUCAGGUGUUGGCCGCGGGGUGGGAUCUGGAGCAGGAGUGGGAGGGGUGGGCAUGGGGGCGGGGACUGCAGAAGGCAUGGGUGGCUUUGGCCAGGGUAUGGAAUCUGGAGGCGCAUUCGGAGGACUGGGCAUGGGUGUGGGUACGGCAGCCAGGUUUUCAGGUGUUGGCCGCGGGGUGGGAUCUGGAGCAGGAGUGGGAGGGGUGGGCAUGGGGACUGGUCUUCAAACGGGAGGUGGGGGAUUGGGAAUGGGGUCUGGAUCAGGGUUCCCUGGUGAGGGGUUGGGAGCGGGGACUGGAGCAGGGAUGGGGCGAGGGGAAGCUGCAAUGGGCGCAGGAGUGGGGAUGGGAGGGAGGGAGUUGGGUUUUGAGACAGAAGCUGGGAUGGGUCGUGGGUGGUUGGGAAUGGGCACAGGAGCCAGGGUGGGAGGGGCGGAGUUGGGGAUGAGCACGGGAGGAGGGCUAGGAGGUGUGGUCAUGGGGCCAGGUUUCACUACAGGCAUAGGGAGUGGCUUUCGUUAUGGCAGCGUGGGCAUGUGCCUUGGAAGCGGGGGACGCGACCACGAUGAGGGUGUAGGUGCCAGGGUGGGUGUCGGUGCUGGAAGUACGGGACCUGCAGGUUGGUUUGCCGGAGAAGGUGGUGGUGGUGGAUCACCGAUUGGGGGUGUGGCCGCUGAUGGACGAAUCCCCGUCGCACCAGGUGCCACACGAAUGGGUGGACCGUUCAACAUGGGUGCAAUUUACAUGAGAGCACGUGAGGGUUACUGGGCAGACACUAUCAUUAACGAAGUCUCUUCGCAACCGCAGACCGGGGUGCAGCUAGGUUGGCGCCAUUCGGCGCUGGAUGUCGAUGAUCACUUGCAUGCCGGCCUCACAGAGAUCCUGGCUCUCCCAUGGCCGGGGCGCAUGGCGCUGCCCUUCAUGCAGGAGAGGAUGAACCGGGAUACGGGGAUGAGGAGGACGUGCCGGGAGAAGGAGUUCCAGGAGCGGGUGACGGCGAGGACGAGGAGGAGGGGGGCAUUCAUGUGCAGACCGGGUUCCAUCGCAACAGACAAGGAUCACGGUACAGAAUAG